CGAGGCGCAUCUGUCAAUUGUCACUGCAGCAUUUCAGUUUCAUCCAUUCUUAGUUUGUGUGGUGUGUUAGGUGAAGUAAAUUUUAAAUAUAAAGCACAAGUUAUUUUAAAGUGAAAAUCAAUGUUUAUUAUUCAAUAAUUUAAAUAAAGAUUGUUUUUAAAAUGGCUACUCAACCUCACAGCCGAAAAAGAGUGUGUUAUUACUAUGAUAGUGAUAUUGGAAAUUAUUACUAUGGCCAGGGACAUCCCAUGAAACCUCAUCGCAUACGUAUGACUCAUAAUUUACUCUUGAAUUAUGGAUUAUACCGUAAAAUGGAAAUUUAUCGACCUCAUAAAGCAACAGCCGAAGAAAUGACUAAAUUUCACUCAGAUGAUUACAUAAGGUUCCUACGCUCUAUAAGGCCUGAUAACAUGUCUGAAUAUAACAAACAAAUGCAGCGAUUCAAUGUUGGUGAAGACUGUCCAGUUUUUGACGGAUUAUAUGAAUUCUGUCAGCUCUCAGCAGGAGGUUCUGUGGCUGCAGCUGUUAAGUUGAACAAACAAGCAUCUGAAAUAUGUAUUAACUGGGGUGGUGGUUUACAUCACGCUAAAAAGUCUGAAGCAUCUGGAUUCUGCUAUGUUAAUGACAUCGUAUUAGGAAUAUUGGAAUUACUUAAAUAUCAUCAGAGGGUUCUCUAUAUUGAUAUUGAUGUUCAUCAUGGUGAUGGUGUUGAAGAAGCUUUUUAUACUACUGAUCGUGUAAUGACAGUGUCCUUCCAUAAAUAUGGAGAGUACUUCCCAGGAACUGGUGACCUCAGAGACAUUGGUGCAGGCAAAGGAAAAUAUUAUGCAGUCAAUAUACCCCUCAGAGAUGGCAUGGAUGAUGAUGCCUAUGAAAGCAUAUUUGUGCCGAUAAUCAGUAAAGUUAUGGAAACAUUUCAACCUAGCGCUGUUGUACUCCAAUGUGGAGCCGAUUCUCUAACAGGAGAUCGGUUAGGUUGCUUCAAUUUGACUGUUAAGGGUCAUGGCAAGUGUGUAGAAUUCGUGAAGAAAUAUAAUUUGCCCUUCAUGAUGGUUGGUGGAGGAGGUUACACAAUAAGAAAUGUCUCUCGUGCUUGGACCUAUGAAACUUCAGUAGCCUUAGGAGUAGAAAUUGCCAACGAACUUCCUUACAAUGAUUACUUCGAAUAUUUUGGACCUGACUUUAAACUCCACAUCAGUCCUAGCAAUAUGACUAACCAAAACACGCCCGACUAUUUGGAGAAGAUCAAAACAAGACUAUUCGAAAAUUUGAGGAUGUUGCCUCAUGCUCCAGGUGUACAAGUACAGGCAAUUCCAGAAGAUGCCAUUAACGAUGACUCUGACAUGGAAGACAAAGCGGACAAAGAUGAACGAUUGCCACAAAAAGAAAUAGAUAAGAGACUUGGACAUGAUAAUGAAUUUUCCGAUAGUGAGGAUGAAGGAGAAGGAGGUCGAAGGGACAGCAGAAACUAUAGGGGCAAGAAACGACCACGAUUCGAUAAGUCGGACAGUAAGGAUGUGAAUAUGGAAGUAAAAGAAGAAGUGAAGUCUGAAAAAAGCGAUGACGAUACCAAACUCAGUAUCAUAGAAGACACGAAAAAAGAAGGUGGUCCGAAUCAAUGACAUAACCAGGCUCAACACUCUAAGUUUAAGUAAUAAUCAAAUGUAGAAUAUUUUUUUACGUUGUGUUAAGUGAACUCUACUGAAGUAAACAAAGUGCAAAAAUUGACAAGGGAUCUCUGUGUAAAUAUUUUCCAUAUCAGUGGUAUUAUAAUAAAACAGGAACAUUUCUAUGAGUGAAUGCCUCAACAGUGUUUUGGAUGUCACAAGAAAUACUCAGAUUUUUUAUUUUUUUACUGUAUUAUUCCAUUUGUAAAAUAUUAAUGCAUUUCCUGUUGAAGAAUUAAAAAUUCUCAACUUUGAAGAAAUGUUAUUAAUUGCCUAACUUAAAAGUUGUCUGUAUAUUUAAUAGAUCAGUGUGGGUGAAAUGAACAUCAUAAUAGUAUUAAUUAUGUAUAAAUUGAUCUCUCUCUGUGAAACGUUUAAAAAAAAACAGACUACUGUAAUUUUGAGCAUUGGCCUUUGAAGUUAAUUUUCGUUCAAUACAGGAGCAAAUUGAAAACAUUUCGAAGGUUUCAGUAAAGAAGUAACACAGCCAAUUCAGUCUAGAUAAAGAACCAAAUUUGCAUAAGUCCUUGGGUAGUCAACUUCAUCUUUAACAUAUAUUAAUUUCUUACAAUACAUCUCGAUUUUUUCCCUUCAUUAAUCCUUGUUCAAUUAAAAAAAUUAUGGUUUUCUUUUCAUAAAGAGAAAUAUUCUGAUGAUAAUAACAAUGUUCCAUAAAAUCAGUUUAAUGUCUUAAUAAAGGCUAGGCACUAUGUAUAAAGUGUGAAUGGUACUAUAUAGUUUGGAGCAAUAUUUAUUAUACAUGUGAUUUUAAAUAUUUAUGUUACAUUGCUGGCCAAACGUUUACUCAUUUGUUCAAUAUAGCUGAAUGGCUUGUAAGGUCUAAGUUUCUAUUGCAAAUGUUGUCAAUCUUUUAUUCUUAAAUAAUUUAUGAAAAAACGACUUGAUGUGUUCCUAGGAAUUCUUCCAAUAAAUUGAUAAUUUGAUGA